GUGGGAGAAGAAGGGAGAAGAUAAGCAAGAUUAUUUCUCGAUAUUUUUUUAUUGUCGAAAUUUGAUUGAUACAAUAUCUGAUUUUUAUCUGUACCAUUCGAUAUAGAAUUAAUUUAAUAUAAUCAUUGUUGAUUGUCAACGAGAUGCGAGUUGAUGCUUGAUGCACGUGUGGACACGAGAAUUGACGUCAAUUCAGCCGCGGUCUCGCGGUAUUUGAUACAAGUUUCAUCAAACGACAAAUAUGGCUGAUCAAAAAUCAGAUAUUGAGUUAGAUUGGGUGAAAGUACGAGAAGAUUUGCACAGAGAAUUUCUCGGCGAGACGAUAUUUGAGAAAGCGAAACGUAAAACACGAGAGAAUCCACUUGUACCUAUAGGUUGUUUAGCAACUACAGCAGCACUUACUGCAGGACUCAUCAGCUUUGUGAAAGAGAAAAGCCAGAUGCAACAAUAUAUGAUGCGUGCACGUGUUGGUGCUCAAACAUUUACUAUUGUUUGUAUAGUUGCAGGUUUUAUUUUGUUACCUAAAUCAAGUUAAGAUAUUAUGUAACAUUAAUUUAUACAAAUACCAUUAAUAUCUACUGUAGUAUAUGAAAUGCUCUUGUAAUCGUAUUGGAUACAGUAUGUGUAUCUAAUAUGGAUAAAUAUUAUAUUGUCUCGAAAAUAA